AUGUUUGGGAUCCAGGACAACGUUCCCCGCGGAGCCACGGCCGGCAUGAAGGAGGAGCCGCUGGCCGUCCGCUCCUGGAUGCACUCGGCCGGCGUGGUGGACGCCAACACGGCCGCUCAGAGCGGGGUGGGGUUAGCCCGCGCUCACUUUGAGAAGCAGCCUCCGUCCAACCUGAGGAAGUCCAACUUCUUCCACUUCGUGUUGGCGCUGUACGACCGGCAGGGUCAACCGGUGGAGAUCGAACGCACGGCCUACGUCGACUUUGUGGAGAAGGAAAAGGAGCCGAGUGGAGAGAAAACCAACAACGGGAUUCAUUACAAACUGCAGCUGCUCUUCAGUAACGGAGUGAGAACAGAGCAGGAUCUCUACGUUCGGCUCAUCGACUCCAUGACCAAACAGGCCAUCAUCUAUGAAGGGCAGGAUAAGAAUCCAGAGAUGUGCCGAGUUCUGCUGACUCAUGAGAUCAUGUGCAGUCGCUGCUGCGAUAAGAAGAGCUGUGGGAACAGGAACGAGACGCCGUCAGACCCCGUCAUCAUUGACAGGUUCUUCCUGAAGUUCUUCUUAAAGUGUAACCAGAACUGUCUGAAGAACGCUGGAAACCCACGAGACAUGAGGAGGUUCCAGGUGGUGGUGUCUACGACGGUGAAUGUGGACGGCCACGUUCUUGCCGUCUCCGACAACAUGUUCGUACACAACAACUCCAAACAUGGCCGCCGAGCACGGAGACUGGAUCCGUCUGAAGCAGCCACUCCCUGUAUUAAAGCCAUUAGUCCCAGUGAGGGCUGGACGACAGGCGGAGCGACCGUCAUCCUGAUCGGAGACAACUUCUUUGACGGCCUGCAGGUUGUCUUUGGCACCAUGCUGGUGUGGAGCGAGCUGAUCACUCCUCAUGCUAUCCGGGUGCAGACUCCCCCCCGUCACAUCCCCGGUGUUGUCGAGGUAACGCUGUCCUACAAGUCCAAACAAUUCUGUAAAGGAGCACCUGGACGAUUUGUUUACACAGCUCUCAAUGAGCCCACCAUAGAUUAUGGCUUCCAGAGGUUACAGAAGGUCAUUCCUCGUCACCCCGGAGACCCUGAGAGACUGCCCAAGGAGGUGCUGCUGAAGAGGGCAGCUGACCUGGUGGAGGCGCUCUAUGGGAUGCCUCACAACAACCAGGAGAUCAUCCUGAAGCGAGCGGCCGACAUCGCCGAAGCUCUCUACAGUGUUCCCAGGAACCACAACCAGAUCCCGUCGCUAGGCAACAGCGCCUCCCACGGCAUGAUGGGAGUGAACUCCUUCAGCGGACAGCUGGCCGUCAACGUCUCCGACACAACACAAGGUACGAGCACCAGGACCAUCGGGUACAGUCGGAACACCAGCAGCGUGUCGCCGCGGGGAUACGUCCCAAGCUCCAGCUCCCAACAGAGUAACUAUGGCAACACCGUCAGCAACAGCAUGAACGGCUACGGCAACACCGGCAUGACAAACUUAGGAGUGGCAACGUCUCCCGGCUUCCUCAACGGGUCGUCAGCCAACUCUCCCUACGGCAUUGUCCCCUCUAGUCCCACCAUGGCCGUGUCAAACUGUAACUCCUCUCACGGAGUUUUCUCCUUCUCGGCUGCCGUCAAACAGAAGAGCGCCUUCGCUCCCGUCGUACGACCGCCGGCUUCACCUCCUCCUCCCAACUGCUCCGGCAACAGCUCCAACGGGCUGCAAGCGAUGUCCGGCCUCGUCGUUCCUCCGAUGUAAAACGUCUUCCUCCUCGUUCCUCGUCUCUCUCCUCCCCC